AUGGAGGUAACGGAUUCAGAGAAACAACUGCUGAUUGAGACUCAUUUGGAGCCUGUUAGAUGGACGAGUUCUCCAGAGGAAACGUGUUCAGACUCUGCGUCAGAGUGGAGCGACGACGCCUCCAGCGUGGACGGCCUGUGGCAGCCCGAGCGGCUCUGCCAGGAGACAGAUACGAUGUCGGGAGCUGAAAGCGACGAGAGACGUUUGGCCAGAAGGAAACUUUUUGUCGCCUGCGCCAUCAGCCUCAUCUUCAUGACCGGAGAGGUGAUAGGUGGUUACGCUGCUCGCAGUCUGGCCAUCAUGACGGAUGCAGCACAUCUUCUGACUGACUUUGGCAGCAUCGUGAUCAGCCUCUUCUCUCUGUGGAUCUCAUCCAGGCCUCAGACACACACCAUGACCUUUGGAUGGCAUCGAGCAGAGAUUCUGGGCAUGUUGCUGUCAGUUGUGUCUAUCUGGGCUGUGACAGCGGUGUUGGUCAUAUCCGCCAUACAGAGGAUCACUGAUGGAGACUAUGACAUCGACAGUCAGAUAAUGCUCAUAACCUCCGGCUGCGCUGUGGGCGUCAACAUCCUCAUGGUCCUGAUCCUCCAUCAGUCUGGUGCCUCACACGGCCACAGUCACAGCUUUCCCACCAGCCGGCGGCAGAGGGACAAACAGCGGCAGGGGCACGGCCACCAUCAUCACGGCAACGCCAGUGUGAAGGCGGCUUUCAUCCACGUGGUGGGAGAUCUGGUGCAAAGUGUCGGAGUCCUGCUGGCUGCCACCAUCAUCCACUUCCGGCCUGAAUAUAAAGUAGCAGAUCCAAUAUGCACGUUUCUGUUCUCGGUUCUCGUCCUUGGAACAACGCUCCCCGUCACAAAGGAUGUUUUCAGAAUACUGAUGGAAGGCACUCCUCAGGGCUUUGACUUCGGCACUGUGAGAGAGCUGCUGCUGUCUGUGAGAGGAGUCGUGGCCGUUCACAGUUUGCACAUGUGGAGCCUCAACAUGAGUCACUCUUUACUUUCUGUCCACGUGGCUGCAGAAGAAGAAGCCGAUGCACAGAUCGUCCUCAUGAAGGCAACAAAGCUCCUGCGCUCCGAGUUCAGUUUCUCCAGCAUCACAAUCCAAGUGGAGCGUUAAAGGGGGGCGACAGCAGCUGGACUGUAAGACGACUCGGGGGGAACAGGUUCCUCAAUCGUGGCUGGCUCCUACAUUUUUAGAUUUAGGGAGUUUGUGGCAUUGUUUACAUCUCAAGUGUUGUGUAAGCUUCCAACCGCUCCAUGUUUUAUUCCUGUAAAGAGUACAGCUACUCUUCUGUAUAUAUUCAAACUCUCAGAGCUGUGAGACUUCAUUCAUGCUGUUUUAUGAAUUUGGUAAAAAAAAAAAAAAGACCAGAACUCCCAAAGUUGGCUACUCUGAAAGAGUUCAUUUUUAUUUAUGAAGCUUUUUAUCUGUCAUAGCCCAGAUCCAUAUUUUACUGCUAUUUAAUUGACUAUUAGAACGAUCUUUGCACAGAUCUAACUGUGUAAUAAUCAGUUAUAAAUGCCACAUUCAGUAUUUGUGAAACACAUUAAAACUCUUGUAUUAUAUCAUCACUUGUUUCUCAAGUUUUCUGAUUAUUACUGACAUUUUAAGGUUUCACAUGAGGAUUUUUCCUCCAACACAAAAUAAAUGUUCACCUUCAG